GCACAAUGACUCAUUUACAAGCAGGUCUAUCUCCAGAGACACUGGAAAAAGCCCGACUGGAGCUGAAUGAGAACCCAGACACUUUGCACCAGGACAUUCAGGAGGUACGGGAUAUGGUCAUCACCAGGCCAGAUAUUGGUUUCCUUCGCACGGAUGAUGCCUUUAUCUUACGCUUCCUGCGGGCCAGGAAGUUUCAUCACUUUGAGGCUUUCCGCCUCCUGGCCCAGUACUUUGAAUACAGACAACAGAAUCUGGAUAUGUUUAAAAGCUUUAAGGCUACGGAUCCUGGCAUCAAGCAGGCUCUAAAAGAUGGCUUUCCUGGAGGACUAGCCAAUCUUGACCACUAUGGCAGGAAGAUUCUAGUCCUCUUUGCAGCCAACUGGGACCAGAGCAGGUAUACCUUAGUGGAUAUUUUGCGGGCUAUUCUUCUUUCUUUGGAAGCCAUGAUUGAAGAUCCAGAACUACAAGUGAAUGGAUUUGUUUUGAUCAUAGACUGGAGUAACUUCACCUUCAAACAGGCCUCUAAACUCACACCAAGCAUGCUGAGAUUAGCAAUAGAGGGCCUCCAGGACAGUUUUCCAGCUCGAUUUGGAGGAAUUCAUUUUGUUAAUCAGCCUUGGUAUAUCCAUGCUCUAUAUACUGUUAUACGGCCUUUCCUGAAGGAGAAGACGCGCAAAAGGAUAUUUUUGCAUGGAAAUAAUCUGAAUAGCCUGCAUCAACUCAUUCAUCCAGAGAUCCUACCUUCUGAAUUUGGAGGAAUGUUACCCCCCUAUGACAUGGGUACAUGGGCAAGAACACUUCUAGACCAUGAAUAUGAUGAUGACAGUGAAUACAAUGUGGACUCCUAUAGUAUGCCAGUAAAAGACGUAGAGAAAGAACUAUCUCCAAAGUCCAUGAAGAGAUCUCAGUCAGUAGUGGAUCCUGCAGUACUAAAACGCAUGGAUAAAAAUGAGGAAGAAAACAUGCAGCCUUUACUUUCUCUGGAUUAAGAACCUAUUAACAUCACUAUAAAUUGGAAUGGAACGGUACUCCCUUUCAGGAAGAAGCAAACCAUUGGGGAAGAAUGUACCAGCUGGGAAUCUAUUUAUUCAUAUUAAUGUAGCAUAAUGUUAUAAGGCAGCAGGUUUUCCCAGUAUGCCUAAAACAUAGGUGUUCUGGGUUGGAUUUUUUUUUAAAUCAAUAAUUUAUUCUGUAAGUGCCAACUUGUUUGUAAAUAUAGUGUAAGCUCCACUUCAAUUUUGUUAGUCUUGAUAGCAACGUAGUUUGGAAAAGGAUGACUCUUAAGUCCCUGUCACACACACAUAUUACAUACAUACAUACACAUACCACACUGUAACCAAAGGGGUAAAAGACACAUGAAAAAGAUCAAACCUAAUUAAAUGUAGCCCUGUUUCCUAUGAAGCCAUAUUGCAGCUAUCAUAGUUACUGCUUCAUCUUUCUCCUCUGAGAUUCUUUUUCAGUAUAUUAAUACAUUUCUUCAUGGGAAAAGGGAAAAAGGAAAAAGAAUAUCACAGGAAAUGUUAUUAUUGUAAUAAUAGUUCCUAGCUAGGGAUUAUAAUUUCACAGGAAAUAUGCCCUGAGACCCUCACUGGCCUUGUUAUUAUCAAGACAAAGGAUUCCAUUUGAGGAGGUAAAUCAAACUUUGGAAUUGUUUUAUGUUUGAGUCUUUGGGCAUUGAGAAGUGGCAUUUCCUCUCAGUUAAGAAACAGAAUUCAGAAACAGUGUGGACUCUUCUUAGAUUUCUAUCUUCACAAUUUGUUCUUUACUCAAGCCUCCAUUGUAUUCUGUUUAGUAUAUUUGGAAAACAUUUUCUCAAAUCCCAUCAACCAAGAGGAAAGAACUCAUACAAGCCAAAUGUUUUGACAACUAAUUUUGACCACAACACUUUUCACUAGUAGACAAGGGGCUAAUUUCUGAAUCAUGUGAACUGGUUGAUUAAAAAUGCAUAUAUAUAUAUAUAUUUUUACUGAGCUCUAAAGAAGUAAGAUGCCUACUAAUUUAGGAUCCAUAUACCCCUUGAUAGUUGUUCAAUAUGCUUAAAGAUGUUAUAGAUUGUCAUAUAAGGUAUUUCUGAAACCUAUUUCAACUAAAGGUCAAUGUAAACCAGGUGUAGUGAAACAGACUCUCACUGAUUGUUUAAGGGCGUACUAAUUUUAUCUGUAAUGUAGUCUUGAACAUGUGCCAUAUUGCUGAAAUCCUUUUUACCUCAGAGGAAUAACAGAUCUUGAUAUAGAUUUAAUGGCAUUCAUCAACUAAGUUUUUCUCAAACUGACCAAUGCUAGGUUUCUGUUAUCCACUUAAGUAUGUACAUAGAAAGGACAGGAAUGAAUGGACAAACUGAAUUUAAGAGUUAUAGAUAAAUCACCAAAACUAGGGUAGGUGAUAAAGACUAAAACUUGUUUUGGGGUUCACCAUUAAAAGGGAACUCUUCCAAUAUGGUGGCAAUAUUUUCUUUUAAUUUACAUUCCUAUUAUCAGGGAAAAGAAUCAAAGUCCCUAUUCAUUUUUUGGAUUUGGGGCUCAAUGGACAAGAACUAUAUGUUUUGGGAUGUGAAGAGAAGAGAAAGAGACUAACUCACCAAGUUAUUGGGAACUGGAAGUAAUAAAGUUUUAUUGCUUUGUCUUAUUAACUUUUACACACUCAAUGUUUCCUUUCCCAAAUCUAACCUAAGUUGGACAUCUGAAUGAGUAUUUGAAGCAUAUAUCAGAAUCUGUGACCCAAACAGGAAAGAUAGAUGCAGCUUUCUUUUCCAUAUUAAUCAUUUAAUCAAUUUGCAUGGAUUAUUUCAGAUUGUAAUACCUUGGUACAUUAGUCUAUAUUAAAAGUAUUUGGGAAUAUCUUGAUUAUAAAAGAGAACACCAAUACAUUAAUUGGUACAAUUCAAAAUAUGUUAAGAAGUUGCUAAUAAAUAUGAAUUAAGAAUAAUUUUUAAAAUGCCAAUUUUUCUUCAGUGACAGAGAAAGCACUUACUGUAUCAAGUAUUCAGUUCAAACUAUUAAUGAUUUAAUGCUUAAAAUCAUUUGGAAAUAAAGAAUCAUGGACUCUUCAUUUCUUAUUUAAUGAUUGUACUGCUAAGUGAUCCCAAUACCUAUGUUUUUACAUGUUUGUAUAUGUGACAUAAACUUGACGCCUUAGGCUUCAUAUUCUACAUAAUUCACUAUAAGAUUACAAGUCAUAGCUUCCAGUCUUAUAAUUGGGAGGUGGGCAACAAUAACAAACUAAGGAGAGUUAACUUCCAUUGAUUUUUGUGUGGAUUUUCCUGUGACAUAUCAUCUAUUGCUUAACUUUGUAAUCUUAAGUUAUCUUUCUAGAUCCAGAAAACAUAUCUCCCGUCACCUCCCCUUACCACACAGUGACAAUGCACUCAAGGAAUAUGAACUUAUUUAAUAUGGACCUAAGAAAAUGUUAACAGGAUGGUAAAUCUUCUAAUAUAUUUCAAAUUCAAAUGUUAUCCCCCUUCUUCCACUUUGGGAUAUAUGCAGUGCUACACUGCUGCAUGAGCAUUGCAUGGAACAAAUAAUAGUCGAUUCUAUUACUUAAAACAUCUGAAAAUGAAUGGAUGAAGUAUAAUAGUAAUGCCUUUUGAAAUUACUUUUGUUUAGAUGAUUCAAAAACUAAGCUCAUUGGCCAAUGACCUUUUUGAAGUUGCUUGGUUAAGAGAUAUAAUUCAACUUUAUGAAUUUUUUUCUCAGUAUUACCUAACUAGCAAUUUGUUUGGGAGUCCUCUGAGUGACUUUUCUGUGACAUAUGUCUUUGUGUACGAACUGUCAAACUUAGUUCCUAUUAAUUAGCAUUCAUAUCUUCAUUUAAAGAAAAAAAGUUGUAGUCAAUUAUCAAUAUAAGAUUGUUUACCCUAUUGAAGCUGACUCUCAGUUUCAAGAAUAGUGCUAAACUUUAUGUGAUGGUCUUGUGACUGAGGAUGUAUGUACCUGAAAGAGCUUCACUACAUUUGGUUUGGAAUAAAGGCCAGCAGACUAUUUCUUCUUCUUCUUUUCUCUCUUGCUCCUGCUCCAUUUCUCUAUCUUGUUGACCUUGGUUUAUUGGCAGCUGGCUAAAGAAAAAUAAAUAACUUCUCUUCUAAUUUUUUCAUUGUUUUUUGCAUGUAUCUGUCAAUACCACUCAAAGAGUGAGUUUUUCAUAUUCUGAACAACAUAAAAAGUGCCUCUUUAAAGAUGUAAUAAAGCUGUGCUCUGGGAUAGGAA